AUGGCAUCACACUUUGCAGAGAGAUCAUCACGUCUAGGUGGACCGAGCAGGCACACCACUGUCGACAAGACACCAAUCGACAUGGACAUGGACGUUGCUUGGUGCUUGACAUGCUCCAAACGGACCCGCGACUCACGCAGCCCGUACUGCUCUGACCAAUGCAGGGUCCAGGACACCGAGUCAUCCUCAUCCGCUGCUCCGCUCAAAAUCGCUUCGCCAACCAUCAGCUCUCACAUCCCCCUCCUACUCCAGUCACCCACUACCAGCACUGUCCCCCUGUCCCCGGCUGGCCGUAACAUACCUCGACAACGAUCUCGCUCUCAAGGUCGUCGUCAAACGUCUCGACCACCGCUUACUCCUCUACCACCGACAUCCCAGGAACCUGUCAUCCUCUCUCAAGGCUUGGCAGAUAUCGACGAGACUGUGGCUGGUGGGAGAGCAAGAGAUCGCAGGGCGUUUUCAUUCCCGGCCCCGUUCUUAUCAACCUCAAAAUCUCCUCGAUCCUCUAGACAGAGUCAGACCAUGCUUCCACCAUUCAUUCGUAAACCACAUCCAACUUCCGGCGGACCAUCUACCAACUCGCCAAUCCAGGCGCCUACGCCUAGAUCUGAGAAGGAAGCUGCGGCUGGUGGAUUGAAACCGCCCUCGCGGGGUCGACAAUCCAGGUCGAGCGGAGGCGACGGCACAACACCUCAAUGCCCUGAAUCAGUUUUCGGCUCAACAUCCGAGUCUGACGAGGAUAAGGAAGUUGCAGAGCCUUUUUCGCUAUCUCCCUUUCCUCGACCCGUGACUGUCUCCACGGACCCUACUUCCAUCCCAUUGUCUCGAAGCACAACCGCCAAGUCGUGGACUCGUCUCAAGGGCACGUUGGGGCCCACCAAAAAGAGUAGUCCUGAUGGGCGUCACGAUGUCAUCCGCACACGACGCCACGACCUCCCAUCAUCCCUCUCACCUACGCUGCGGACCUCCUCUCAAUCACCCGUCGCUCAACUCGUCGCAUCCUCCGCCUCCUCCCGUAGUCGUGAUGACAUCAUCUCAUGGGCCAAGCAGGUCAUUGAACCUCAGGGCAGCCAAGAUGAGUCAUCUGAGGAGGAUCGAGGUCGGUCUCGAACACGUCACUCGCCUCGAGUCAAGAUGUCGUCAAAGAAGCUUGAUGCGCACGUCGAGAUGGAAGAGUCGACAGCAGCAGAGCAUCAAGACGACACGGCGAGAGGUGGGACGACGCCCAAAUCGAGAUCAUCUAUCGGCUCUGCCUUGGCUGGGCUCAGUAUCGGUGGAUUUGGCGUUGGACCCAUCGUCAAAGCUCUCAGCACCAUCGCUACCCCCGCUCCCGCCGCUGCUGCCGGUGUCACCGCACCUAUCAUCACUGCCUCGCCCUUGAGUCCAGCUGCGCGUCGACUAUCAGCAGCCACUCAUCCGGCCAGCACUGGUGCACUUGGACUCCAAGCCUUUCCCAGUCGGGCUGAGGUCAGUCGCGUGGCUGUCGUCACGACCGCGGCCGUGUCUCAGACGGCCUCAGGUCCCCAUCGUCACAUUCCACCUCCGACCUCGUCAUUGAAUUAUGAUUCUGAUAUGCCCCUUCACUUUGGUGGCGGUACACCUACCUUGUCCACCAUUAGUAUCUCCGAGGCCAUCGACCCCAGCAUAUCCGAUCAUCACGAUCAUAUUGAGGUCGUCACUGAUCUCACUGAUGACUGUGUGUCAGUCUCGUCUUAUGCUCGUCGACCACCCUCCUCAGGUUCGAGACAGGGCUCGAAAAAGUCUGCAAUUGGCAUUCUCAAGCCAGGCGGAGGUUCCGGUGCCAAGACGGGUAACCGGACACCGCUGCCUCUCCGACCCAUCGCGAGCACCGCCAAUGCGAUCUGGAACCUUUCAAGCUACCUUCGAUCCAUCACUCCCUUCUCUAUCGCUUCCGCUAUUGCACCAUAUGGACCCUUUUCACCAUCGGACGAAGUGGUGCCGUCUUCUCCUGGGACCCAGCGAUCCAACAUCGCCGAUCCCUCAUCCCCUGCCGCCGCUAUUCGCUCUAACCUCAAAGUCUCCCAUCGACCUACUCCUGAACCCGUGCCUACUUCACGUAUGGCCUCGCCUGAUCAUGUCGAGACGCCUGCUCAGCUCGUUAGAAGUCUUCCGAUGGAUAUCGCGCUGUCGCUGAAAGCUGGAGCUUUGGAGGCGAACCAAGAGCGAAUGAGGGAGCGAGAAGCGAGAGAAUGGCUGAGUCGGUCUAUCACUGGAAGGCGACAGACUAGAUCAGGCGGAAGGUCCCAGUCACAAUCGCGACGAUCGGAUUCCCGAUCUCGAGCCAGGUCAAGGUCCCCGGCACGCUCGUCAUCUGCUCGACGCGCUGCUCCGGGUCUGCUGCUAGCGGCUGACGAAACGGAUGUCGAGUCUGAUGCUCGACGGGGACAUGUCGCUUACGAUGCCGAUGAGAGUGACGGAGAGGAAGCACCUCGUCGAGGAAGGAGUCGACGAGGGAAAGCUAUCGGACCAGGUGAAGUGACUCGAGGACGUGGACGUUCUGGCAUUCAGGCGUAG